CUGUUCGGCCCGGUCCGAGCUCUUUGUGACCCCCUGUCGGCCGCCGCCAGCCGCCGUGUCCCACCGGGCCGCAGUGUCCAAGGGGCGGCCGACCCUCCAGGCGAGGCGCGCGCGCGGCUCACCAUGGGCUGUGUGUGUGUCGGAGGCUUCGACAUGCCGGAAAUGGCGGGGACCCUGUCGAACGGCCACGUGCUCGCCAAGGACAGCGACGUGGCCAACAACAACGUGCAGCGGCCCACCAUUACGGACGGCAGCUCCGACUGGAUCGACGCCGACCUGGUGGCCGAGGCCGUGGGCGAGGACCCGUCCUCCAUCCGGGACGUGGUGGUGAAGGCGGCCGUGGCGGACGGCGACAACUACUGCUCGUGCAUGUGGCGGGUGCAGGCCACGGCCGGCGACAAGCCCGUGAGCAUCAUCGUCAAGGCGCCGCCGCGGGGAGAGCUCAUGCAGGACUUCGUCACCAGGCUCGGCUUCUUCACCAAGGAGACCAGGAUGCUCAAGGUAAAGCCCACCGCGCAGUGGUAUGUCUGUUCAUAUGAACAUGGGUUUUUGGACAAACGUCACUAACCACAUGCAAUUUUGAAUUGAUAGCAAUAAAGUUACGAAUUUGCAUAGGCCUACUCUUGCACC